AUGCCAAGUACCAGUACAUGGAGCCUCGCCUCUCAAUCUAUGGGCGAUCAGCUGAGGAGUGGCCCAAGCUAGCCAGCUGGUUCACCAAACACCGCGUCUAUUCCCCCAACAUGAAGUGGAUGAUCCAAGUGCCCAGGAUUUAUGAUGUAUUCAGGUCUAAGAAUUUCCUCCCACACUUUGGGAAAAUGCUGGAAAAUAUCUUUGUCCCUGUGUUUGAGGCAACUAUCAACCCUCAAGCCCACAAACAACUGAGUGUCCUUCUACGCCACAUCACUGGCUUCGACAGCGUGGAUGAUGAAUCCAAGCAUAGUGGACACAUGUUCUGCACUAAAAGCCCAAAGCCAGAGCAAUGGACUUCAGAGAAGAACCCAUCCUACACCUAUUAUUUAUAUUACAUGUAUGCCAACAUUCUGGUGCUGAAUAACCUACGCAGGCAGCGUGGCAUGAACACGUUCCUCUUCCGUCCACACUGUGGGGAAGCCGGGGCCAUCACACAUCUGCUCACAGCCUUCAUGACAGCAGAUAACAUCUCGCAUGGUCUCAACCUCAAGAAGACCCCUGUGUUGCAGUACCUGUACUUCCUUGCCCAAAUUCCCAUUGCUAUGUCCCCACUCAGCAAUAACAGCCUCUUCCUGGAGUACGCAAAGAACCCAUUGCCUGACUACCACCACAAGGGCCUCUUGGUGUCCCUUUCUACAGAUGACCCCAUGCAGUUCCAUUAUACCAAGGAGGCCCUCAUGGAGGAGUACGCCAUUGCUGCCCAGGUCUUCAAGCUCAGCACCUGUGACAUGUGUGAAAUCGCCAGGAACAGUAUCCUGCAGUGCGGCCUGUCCCAUGAGGAGAAAGCCAAGUUCCUGGGUGAAAACUACCAGGAAGAGGGGCCCCAAGGCAACGACAUCCGAAAGACCAACGUGGCUCAGAUCCGCGUGGCCUAUCGCUACGAGACCUGGUGCUACGAGCUCAACCUCCUCGCCGAAUGCCUCAAGAACGACUAGGAGCGGGGUUGUGCUGCCAGGCUGUCCUUGUGGAGCUGAUGCCAGGGAGCUCUUGCACACCAGUGGGUGCUUUGGAGCCUCAUGCCAGCUUGAUGUGUGCGGGACACAGGUGGAUGUGGACAAGGCUGGAGAUGGGGUGUUUGUGAGUGCCUUGGCACUUGCCAUGCACCCAACAGGGUCAGUGGACAGCAGCUUCUCCCGCUCUGCUGUGCAGACCCUCUCCCGGAGCCACUGCCGCAACAUCAAGCAGAAGAUCUCGCAGUGGGAGGGGAGGACACGAGGGUGCUCCAGCAAUGAGAAACAGCAGCUAAAAGACUUUGGAGUCAAGUAUGAUCCUAGCUGUGACGCUCUGCCCAGAGUGAAGCCACAUCAUGCAGAGGAGGGCAGAAGGACUAGGUCCAAAGAUCCAAAGAGCUUGGGCUUGGACUUCAGGGAAGAUGCACAGGGCUGUGGUGACCUCAGGCCCUGUGUAUACAGCUUAGCUUCCCAAGCCAAGGAGAAAGGAGAGUUGCAAGCUGGCCUCCUUGACCCAGAAGCAAGACUGCCCCCAGGGAACUUCUACACCUCACAGGCUCUGUGGAGGAGAGUAGAUCCCCAUCUGCCUGACAAAGCCCCACCAGUUCCCUUGGACCUUCAGAGGAAGCAAGGGAGCUGUUGCUCCACAGAAAGAGAACUUAAAGGAGCAGAAUCUCUCUGCAGGGCAGAGAGGAGCUUGAAAAACAUUUACUCUGAGCCUGAGGGGCAAGAGGAGGCCCCACCACCUCCUGCUGCUGUCCCACCACCUCCUGCUGCUGUCCCACCACCUCCUGCUGCUGUCCCACCACCUCCUGCUGCUGUCCCACCACCCAAGCCCCGCAGGACUUUUCGUUACCUAGCAGAAAAGGGUGCUGGAAGCUGUGGUGAUGCCAGAGCUACCAGGGAAGCGCCUGUACAAAAGCAGCAUGGAGGAGACUCGGUGUCAUCCUCCAACAACCCUGAGAAGAGAAUAGCCAGCAGGAGGAUCAGAGGCAGAACCCAGAGGAAAUCUUUUGAGUUUGAGGACAUCCAGGGCUUCCGCAACCGGAUGGCAACCACCAAGUCCCACAGGCUUCAAGAAGAGACAAAUGGCACUACAGGAUCCAGGCUUGUCUACACACAGUCAGAAGACAACAUCUAUGAGGACAUUAUCUGUCCUGCAAAAGAGAACCCAUAUGAAGAUAUCGGAGCACUGCCCUUACCCCUCUGGAAGGUCCCAUCUGUCUGGAAGCUGCCACCCCCCCGGAGCACCAGUAGAGCUCCCAAGCCUCCCCCAAAACCUCCCUUCCUCAGUCGCAAGACUCUUGAGCCAAAGCCCUCCCAGUCAAGUUUCCAAGGGAAAAUGGUGAAGGACACAACCCUGCCUGUCACACUGUCUGAGUGGAAGCUGUUCCGAGCAGUAGAGGCUGCUAGCAGGAGAAAGAAUUUGCCCUGGCUGGUACUAAAAAUACAGGAGAUCUUUGAUGCUAAGCGUGGAAAGAAGAGGGUGAAGUUGCUCAGUGCUGCUGGGAGAGAAGCACCUCCAGUGAAAGGUGAAACCAGUGGGAAUGAAAGUGACACGGAAAAUCAGCCAAAAAGUCGACACAGGUGCCUGCUAAGGUCAACCUCCAAGAGGAACCCACACUACCAGACUUUGGAGAGGGAUCUGAUAGAGCUUCAGGAGCAGCAGCUGUUUGAGCUGUUUGUGGUGGUGUCACUGCACAAGAAGGCCUCUGAGAUGACCUACACGCCACAAAUCAUACAGCAGUUUCCCAGCAAGACUGAACAUCCCUUCAGACAGUCAAAGGAUACUGAAGAGAGGCUAAAGGUCAUUCCCAAAUUCUGCUUUCCAGAUCCCAAAGACUGGUUUCCUGCAUCAGACCUUAAAAGUGAAACAUUUUCUUUCGUGCUGACGGGAGAGGAUGGCAGCCGCUGGUUUGGGUACUGCAAGAAGCUCCUGCCAGAAGGGAAAGGGAAGCGCCUUCCUGAGGUGUACUGCAUUGUUAGCCGUCUGGGCUGCUUCAACCUCUUCUCCAAGAUUUUAGAUGAAGUGGAGAAGAGGAGAGAGAUGUCCCCAGCCUUGGUGUACCCAUUCAUGCGCAGUGUCAUGGAGGCACCUUUCCCUGCUCCUGGACGCACAAUUACUGUGAGGAGUUUCCUGCCAGGAGCAGGAAAUGAGGUGCUGGAGCUCUGCCGCCCGCUGGAUUCCCGACUGGAACACGUUGACUUCGAAUGCCUCUUCAAGUGUCUCAGUGUGUCUCAUGCAAUUCGGGUCUUCGCCUCUCUCCUGCUGGAAAGGAGGGUGAUCUUUGUUGCUGACAACUUAAGCAUUCUGUCUAAAUGUGGCCAUGCUGCAGUUGCAACGCUUUAUCCCUUCACUUGGCAACACACCUACAUACCAGUCCUGCCAACUUCUAUGAUUGAUAUUGUGUGCUCUCCGACCCCAUUCCUCAUUGGCAUUCUCUCCUGCUCGUUACCACAGCUCCAGGACCUGCCCAUAGAAGAGGUGCUGAUCGUUGAUCUUUGUGCCGACAAGUUCUUGCAAGAGGUAUCAGAUGAAGAUGAGAUCCUACCCCAUAAACUUCAGGCUGCUCUUGUCCAAGUCUUGGAAGAACGAAGUGAAAUCUUGUCUCAUCAGCAGAGUGACACACAAGGUGAAGUGCCCCUGAAUUCCCUGGUCUCUGAGGCUUUUGUGCAGUUCUUUGUGGAGAUCGUUGGACACUAUUCCCUGCACAUGAACGUCACAGAGAGAGGGGAGCGUGUGUUCCAGCGGGAGCUGUUCCGCAAGUCUCACGUCUCGCGCAAUGUGCGGCACUUCCUGCAUUUCUUCAUGGAAACACAGAUGUUUGCAGGCUUCAUCCAGGACCGAGAGCUGAGAAAGAACCCAGUCAAAGGCCUGUUUGAGGUCCGUGCUUUGGAGUAUUUGGAGAGUAUUCCAGGGACUGAACCGACUGGAAUGAACAGAAUCCUUCGCAGUCUCGGCAGUAAAAUGAAGUUUCUCCAGAAGAGAUGAGCGGGCGCUGCUGCUGCUGCUGCUGCUGCGGGCCAGCGGCGGGCCGCGAGUGCCACCUGCCCUGCGGCCGGAGCCGGUCUCCUGUGCGGCUGCAGGAGGGCUGGGCCCGGCUGCGGCUCCUGCCCUAUUAAACCCUCAGUUCCGUGUUACCGAACCAG